AUGGCAGAACCAGCCAAUACACCAGUCCCAGCUUCUACUCCACGAGCUACAUCUCCCGCACCUCAUCAGUCCCUCUUCUCCCAAUCAGGUUCCUUCUUCUCACCAAAGUUACCGUCCAAACCAAGGGUUCUUCAUAUCGGAGAUCCAGUCAAAUACAAUCCCGAAACUUUUCUCCGCUUCAGUAUUCAGUGUGAGAUUCUCAGACCUUCGGCUGAAGAACGUCAGCGAUCAGAGUUUAUCAAGGCUCUCAAAGAUAAGCGAUGGGGUGAUUUCGAUGCGAUCUUUCGUCCGUUCUGGAAUACGGGCGGAGAAAUGGGGAAAUGGGAUGUUGAGUUGAUUAAUCUACUACCUGAGAGUGUCAAGGUGUUUGCAAGUGCAGGCGCUGGGUUUGACUGGGCUGAUACGAAACUCUUGGGUGAACGAGGAAUCAUUUAUUGCAAUUCUGGUCUCGCAGCUGCUGAAGCUGUCGCUGAUUUUGCAAUGGCUGCUAUCAUUUCUACUUUCCGUGUCCUCCCAUGGUGUAUCUUAUCAGCCAUGUCUGGAGACGAAGAAACCUUUAGUACAAACCAUCGAGAUGCAACAAUGCAAUCCCGCAAUCUUCGCAACCAAGCUCUCGGACUAAUCGGAUUCGGCAACAUCGGCCAGCAGAUAGCUGCUCGUGCCCGUCACGGUUUCGGUAUGGAUAUCCAUUACUACGAUAUCCUCCCCAAACCUUCUUCCGUCGUUGCCCCCUUACGAGCUACACACCACGAAACCCUCAAAAGCCUUCUUGCUACAUGUGACUGUGUUGUGCUAUGUACACCCGCUGGAGACGGUACACUUAUCAACGCAACUACACUACCACUUUUCAAGCACGGAUCACGGUUCGUCAAUAUUGCACGCGGAAGUCUUGUGGAUGAAGAUGCACUGGUUGCUGCAUUGCGAGAUGGGACUUUGUCAAACGCUGCAAUCGACGUUCAUGCGAAUGAACCAAAGAUACACCCUGAGCUCCAGGAACUUGCUAAGCAGGGUCGUAUACUUUUGACGUGCCAUAAUGCUGGUGGAACAGUCGAUACACACAAGGGGUUUGAAGAGUUGAGCAUGAGAAACAUUAUGGCUGUGCUCAGUGGCGGAGAGGCUAUCACACCUGUGAAUUUGCAGUUUAUAAAGUAG